GAAAGGGAAAACAAAACCGCACGAACAAUUCUAUUUGAAAAACAAAAAGAUGAAAUAUCCUUUUCAGUGUUUUCUAGCUAAAAUCAUUUUGCUGGCUUUAGCAUCUUCGUUUGUCUCUUGUUACGACCCAUCUCCUCUUCAAGACUACUGUGUUGCCGUCCCCGAAAAAAACGGAGUUUUCGUAAAUGGAGAAUUCUGCAAAGAUCCAAAACUAGUAACAUCAGAUGAUUUCUUUGCUUCUGGCCUUAACAUCCCGGGAAACACCAACAAACGCCUUGGCUCCUUUGUGAACCCCGCUAAUAUCCCCGGUCUCAACACUCUUGGGGUCGGCAUCGCCCGUAUUGACUUUGCCCCUGGUGGUCUAAUCCCACCGCACAUACAUCCACGCGCCUCCGAGAUCAUCUUAGUCAUCAAGGGAAAGCUCCUAGUCGGUUUUGUAUCGUCGAACGACUACAACUACACACUCUUCUCCAAAAUUCUUUAUCCCGGAGAUGUGUUUGUUCAUCCCAUCGGAUUGGUACAAUUUCAUGCAAACAUAGGGAAGACAAAUGCGGUUGCGAUUGGGGCGGUUGGGAGCCAAAAUCCUGGUUAUAUCUCGGUAGGUGAUGCAGUUUUCGGGUCGAAGCCUCCGAUUGACCCAAAGAUUUUGGCUAAAGCUUUUGCGUUGGACAUCAAUAUAGUAAGAUAUCUUCGAAAAGUGUUUUCUCCUCAAGAUGAUAUCGUUAAUGAUUAAGAAAUAAGUUGAUGGUUAUACAACAGAUAAAAUAUAUACUAAUAAAGGGUAAGAAAUACAGAUUAAAAAUGAAUGUGUGGGAAAUAACUACGAAAGUGUGUGUAAUAUGUAAAUGUAACAGUUUAAUGAAUAAAUAUACACAAA